AUGCCAGCCAGCAACGACAACAGCAAUAACGUCCCAACCGACUCCGCCAGCCUUGGGAGUGGCACUGCUCCCUCUUCUGAACGUCCUUUCGACAGCUUGAAAGCUUCCUUCCGAGCGUCGGAUGUCCCUUUCGGUAACGAUGACUUUGACAAAGACGCCGAUGCCGACGACUUUGACAAGGGGUCCGACAAGGACAAGGAAGAAGAAGUAGACGACGUCGAUCUGGAGGAGGUCGAGCUCAAUGCCUGGGAUAAUAACAGUACCAGCUGGGAAGGCGAAGAGGAUGCCAGUCUCAGUACCAACCCUGGAAGAGAAGGAGCCAUUCGUGAAGGCUUGUAUGGUUUGAUUGAGGAAAAAAUCCAAAAUGGAAUUUUCCAAUACAUCUUGGCUACACUUGCUGCUGUCUGGAACAUCAUUGUGAAGAGGUGCAGAGGUGGCACAAGUGAGGAUGACGCCGCUGGUAUGGCCAUGGAUGUAGCGGAUGCAGCAAACCCAAUCAACCCUAACAACCUAGGCUCCUCUCAGGUGGGUCAAGGUGGAGCCGGUGGAGGAGGAGGAACCGGGGGUGCUGGUGGUGGAGCCAGUAGUGCUAGUGCCUCGAGUGCCAGUGCUGGUGGUGCGUCCGGUGCUGGAGCAGCCCAGGCCACUGCUGUGGUUGGGCAAAUGGCUACCCAAGCCGCUGUCAGUGCAGCUGGAGCAUCCACUGCUGCAGCUUCAACCGCAGCUGCUGCCAGUGCCACCAUUGCAACCACAGUUGCAACUGCUGUAGCCUCUGCUAGCGUGGCAGCUCAAGUUGGGGUGACUAUUGGUGUUGCCGCUGUAACAGUAGCAGCAGUGAGUACUGGUAUGGGUGUCGCUCCUACAAGCAACACCACCACUGCUGUCGUGAAGUUGGAUGCAUUUGUGCCCCCAACCUGUUCGCUGUCCGCUGAACUCAAGCAAGGUAUUGUGGAAUUGAAGAUCCAAGGCAUGCCAGAGGAUGCCCUGCCAGAGCAUAAGGACAGCUUAGAAGGCAUCUUUCGAGAUCUCUACAACAAUAUUACUGGCAUGUGCUUGGACCCAUAUUCACGGGUAUUGCAUAGUGCCGAACUCCAAGGUGGUACCACCAACAGCAGUGCAACUUUGGAACAAGCCGAUGGUACUACUCCCACAGCAAGUAAUGGCAGCAGCAUUGUUCCCAGCUUGUCUAGGCGUAGCCUGCAGCUGAAAACCAACAUCGACGCAUCCCAGUUCUUUCCUUUGUUUGCUGCCUCAUUUGGUUACAAUGUUGAGCCAGUGUUGUUUGAGGCAGAUUCAACAGAUGGACCAGAGCAGACAGCAAGAAGAGGAACGAUGCAGGUCGUUUUUGCCACUACUAAGGCCGCCUUGCCAGGAGGGGGUGUGGGAGAUCAGCAAAAUGCAGUUGUUCUCUCCAUUGGUCAAGAUGUGAUACAGCCUUAUGUUGAGACAGUGGAAGAGAACGAAGGGACUAUUAUGACUCCAUUCAUAUCUGACGAGUUGUCAUCGCUCUCACAGUGUGUCUCUGCGGCUGAGGAUCAAGAACUUCCCAAGGACAAUGAUGAGUUGUGCAAGCAGCUACAACAGCUUAUUGCUGCCAAGGACAACGGAGAUGGAGCAGCCAUUGACCCUGAUGUCUUGGUCGCAUGUCUUCAGACCCCAACUGUCCCAGCCUGUCAAGAAGUAUUGGCCACCGCCAUUGACUCAGUUAGCAGCAAUGAACCACCCUCUACUGAGAGUGUUGCUGCAGGUACUGAACAAAACGGUAGUCAAGAGGGUGGUAGUAUUGAGCCACCCUCUACUGAGAUUGUUUCCGGCAGCACAGAGGGUGGCGAUUCAUCCUUUGAUAUCGAUUCUGGUACUGGACAGGAAGCAGACGAAGAGGAUGUCACCGACGCCGCAGGCAGAGAUGAAGACACAUCUGGAAGCAGUCCCGUGGUCAACAGUGGUAUUGGCAAUAAUGCUGCAGGUACUGAAGAAGACGGUAGUCAACUGGGUGGCAGUAAUGAACCACACUCCAGUGAAAGUGUUUUGGGCUACACCGAGGAUGGUGAUUCUUCUCUUGAUACUGAUUCUGGGACCGGACAGGGAGUGGGUGGAGAGGAUGUAACUGGCACCGCAGGUAGAGACGAAGACACAUCUGGAAGCAGUCCCAUGGUCAAUAAUGAUAACUUUGCUACAGGUACUGAAGAAGAUGGUAGUCAAGUGGGUGGUAGUGGCACCGGAAAUGGAAAUGGGGAGGAAUCGGGAAGCAGUCCCGCAGAAAAUGGCCAUGGGGAUGACACAGAUGCGAUGUCUGCCCUGAAUGGCAACACUGUGGGGAUUUUGCCAGCUACCUCUGUGCUGGCUCCUAAUGCCCCCACUAGCAGCAUGGGACAAAGUCCUUCUGGAUCAGAAGGCAAUUCUCCAGAUGGCAUUCAGCCGUCUCCUCAAGUGCCCUCGAGUCAAGCAGGAGCCCCAGGGCCAGGGCCCACUCCAAAUGGUCAAGGUGAGCUUGGAUUUUCUGGCACAAGUGGGUCUGGACCCUCAACAGUCACAGGCUUUGGUGGCAAUUCUCCAGAUGCAACAGCUAGUCAUCUACAUGCCCCAAAUGCUCCUGCUUCUCAUCCACAAGAUGAGGCCACCAAUGGAAUGCCUGCUAAUCCAGGAGAGAUGUUGACUCAAGUGAGCCCUGUGGGCGUUGGAGCAGCUGCCCCUUCUGGUCCAAGUGCUUCAAAAGCAUCUGGCCCCAGUGGACUUGACAACACUGUGGCUAUGUCCAAGUUACAGUUCUACUACCGGAGAAGUCCCAGCAUUGGCGUUACCAAACGCUUCACCCAGUUUUUUGGCAAUGCCCUCCAAAAUCAGUCAAUCAAGUGA